AUGACUGAAAACGAAGAUCUUCUUGCCAAGAUUGGCCAGCUUGCAGGUCAAAUCAACCGCCACAAGAGCCACGAUACCCAGCCAACUAACCACCAGUCUCAAUAUGUGUCUCGCCAUGCUCACACUCACUCUGGAUGGGCUCCAUACCCCCGCGGCCGAGGUCGUGGCCGAGGUCGAGGGGCACCUGCGCCUCACCGACACCGCACACUUGUUUUGAAUAACACAUCUGGACCAACCCAAGGGACACCUUCUCCUGGGUCCAUGAGUGACAGCAACGGUGACGGGCAAGCGGCACCUACUUCGGUUGGUAAUGGCUGGGUCGCAAAGCGCGAUCGCCACAUGCAGUUGAUCAACUCUGCUAUCUACGACAAGGAAACUCAGGCUAGGUCAAAGGCUAUGGAGGAGACACGCAAACUGAAGGAACAGAAACGGACUGAACGGGAACAGGCCAAGGUUCUUCGAUACGCGCAAGGCUCUGGCACUGCUUCAGUGUCUACCCCAUCCAACCCUUCAGCUGAACAUCAAAUUCUUGUCAAUGAUAUUCCGUUCAAGAUCGCAAGAGGCGGAAGCAAGUUGAUUCGCAUCUCUAGUGCGUAUUCCUCUGGUCUCCCCUCGCGCAGAAUUGGCUCACCCCUCAUAGAUGAUCCCAACACUGCCAACACCACACCCAAGCGAGUCACCGUUGCUGGUGUGGCUUUCGUCCGCAGCAAAAAUGGCAACCUCCACCGCGUCGGCGCUGUAGCUUCCAAGAAACCCCCUACCAAGAAACGCGAUGAACUUUGUAAAAGAUUCUCCACGACCGGUACAUGCUACAAGGGUCCAGACUGCCUCUUUACCCACGAUCCAGAGAAGGUUGCAAUGUGCAAAGACUUCUUGCAAACCGGGCAAUGCGGUGCAGGUACCAGCUGUGAUCUAUCCCAUGAGCCCUCGCCCCACCGUUCCCCCACCUGUAUGCAUUUCCUUAGAGGCCGAUGCGCCAACCCCGACUGUCGCUACGCCCAUAUUCGGGUGACACCUGGUGCACCAGUCUGCCGCGCCUUCGCAACACUAGGUUUCUGUGACAAGGGUAGUACAUGUGAAGAGAAGCAUGUCCACGAGUGCCCUGACUAUGCCAACAACGGCGCCUGCAACAAGAAGCGCUGCCAGCUACCUCACGUCGACCGUGCUGGUCAGAUCCGCAAGGCUGCAGCUGCAGCUGCUAACAAGGCUAAUUUGGGUGAGGAUGACUCUGAUCCAUCUAGCGAGGAAGAGGAGUACGAUGCUAUUGACUCGGAUGAUGUCGAGUCGGAUGCCUUCGAUGAUACCGUCAUUGAGGGCGUGGAUAGCGGUGAAACGGCCGGACAGCAUGAUUUCAUCCGCUUCUAG